AUCAGACAUUUGCCUCUGAAUAGUUAAGCAAUAUACUAGCUCUUAAUGGUUCAGACCUCUUACUGGUUCAGCACUUAAUGGUUCAGACCUCUUACUGCUUCAGCACUUACCGAUUCAAGAGUUGCUAAACAGCCCCUUAGGCUCCAUUUGGCAUCAGCGUUAAAAGUUAGCAUUAACGAUUUAAAAGGUUAUCUGAUGGUAGAUUUUAGCGUCAACGUUUUUACAAUUAAUAUACAUAAUUAAAAUUUUAUCAAAAAAUACUAAUGCUAAUCGAAAACAAAUUAAUAUAUGACCAUAAUAUUUCAAUGACAUGUAAAUUUAGCAUUACCCUUAGAUCAAAUUAUUUGUGCAUCAAAUAAAGAGUAGUGUACAUGUUUUUAGUCAUUAUUUUGGGGAAGAGAGCAUGUUCGAGAAACCUUAAAAUCCUUUUCUUUCAAUCGUGCGUUUUCUUAUUUUUGGGUUCUGUUGGAGGGCAUUAUUCCCGUCUCUAACCUUUUUCUAGGUUAUCUUCUCUGAAUUUUCUCCAGGAAAUUAACCAGACAGGGUCAAACACACUCGCGCAGAAGCCAAAUGAGAAAGAAUCGCAUUCUCUUGAAAGUUAAAUUCGGUAAUCGUUGCUUGAAGGAUGUUCUUCCUCUUGUUGAUAAUGGCAAUGAAUUGCAUUCUUCGUCCGGCAAAGAACCGCCCAAAGUUUCCGACGCCAUUGAUGCCGACUUUACUACAGCUGUGGAUAUUGAUGGGCUCAAUGGAUGCUCCGGCAACUCUGUGAUUGUUUCCGAUGUUUCUGUUUCGAAUAUAUGCACAGCAGGAAACUCUAUUGCUGAAAGUAUGAGUAGAACAUCUCUGGAUGACCAUAUGGAGUCGCCGGCCCAGACAGAUCUCGAGAAAUUGCGAACGCCUGUUGAUAAAAGUUGCUCCGGUCCCGGAACUUCGCCGGAUUCGGAAGUGAUAGAUGCCGUUUCUGGGGCUCCCAUUAGUCUAAAAGGUAUUAAAGACUCGCAUGAUAUAGUAGUUUCAGACCCAGCUUGUUUUUCUUCUAGAGAUGCUUCAAGUGCCCUACAAAAGGGCCUUAAAAAUAAGAAGAAAAAAGACCGGCCAAAAGGAAAAGAGAGGAUGGAGAAAAUGUCAGGUUCAUGUGCAAAGGGUUUGUUGAGUAGUUUGGAAACUCUGAAUGAUGAUGAAUUGGUUCCUAAGGGAUCUGGUGAUACUUCUGCUUUAACUACUACUGUAAAUAUUUCUGGCAAUGUUGAUACCAAUGAGUUUCAGUCUGAGGGGACUUCACUUUCACCAAAAUUGGAUGACUAUGGAAAUUCAAAUGCAUUUUCAGAGGUUGGACUCGGCAAGAGGGUCAAUCCUUCUAAUUUCCAUAAUAUUGUGUCACGAGAUUCACCAAUGACAGAUGGUUCACUUUCUUCUCUGGGCAUGCUCAAAACGCCAGAAAGUACAAGAUAUCAGGGAGUUGGAAACAGCCAGCCCGAAAUCUGCAGUUCAUCACCAAAGAGAGAACAUGCUUCUAAAAGGAAGGGAAACAAGGAAAAGAAAGUUGGUAAGUGUGAAGAGAAGCAGAAGACUCAUGGCCAUUUAGGUGUAAUUGAAGUCAAAUGCAAUCCAACAACAAAUAAACCAGAAACAAAAAAAUUGAACCUAACUGACACGGUGACAAAUCAUGUGCCACCAAGGAAUGCAUGGGUUCAAUGUGACGAUUGUUACAAGUGGAGACGGAUAUCAGCAUCCCUUGCUGAUAAAAUUGAAGAAACAAACUGCAGAUGGGUUUGCAAGGAUAAUUUGGACGAGCGUUUUGCUGAUUGCUCAACCCCUCAAGAGAAAUCAAAUUCAGAGAUCAAUUUAGAACUAGAAAUAUCCGAUAUGUCUGGGGAGGAUGAUGUCUUUGAUGCACGCCUCAAUUGUGAUCCCCCGGGAAAGAAGUUCACUGUCUGUCAGAGAUCAACUUGGACACUGAUAAAGUCAAACUUAUUUUUGAACCGCAGACGCAAGUCUCAAACCAUUGACGAGAUCAUGAUUUGCCAUUGUAAGACACCUUCAAGUGGUAGAAUAGGUUGUGGAAAUGGAUGCUUGAAUCGGAUGCUUAAUAUUGAAUGUAUUCCGGGGUCCUGCCCAUGCGGCGAGCAAUGUUCGAACCAACAGUUUCAGAGACGGAGUUAUGCUAAUUUGAAAUGGUAUAAAUGUGGCAGAAAGGGUUAUGGCUUGCAAUUGCUUGAAGAUGUGCGUGAAGGGUCCUUUAUCAUUGAAUAUGUUGGAGAGGUGCUUGAUAUGCAUGCUUAUGAGGCACGGCAAAAGGAGUAUGCACUGAAGGGUCACAAACAUUUUUACUUUAUGGCACUCAGUAGUUGUGAGGUUAUUGAUGCAUGUGGCAAAGGGAAUUUGGGGCGCUUUAUAAACCACAGCUGUGAUCCUAACUGCCGUACAGAAAAGUGGAUAGUGAACGGAGAAGUUUGCAUUGGGCUUUUUGCGGUGAGGGACAUCAAAAAGGGUGAAGAGUUAACUUUUGAUUACAAUUACGUACGUGUUGUUGGUGCUGCUGCAAAAAAAUGUGUAUGUGGUACACCUCAGUGUCGGGGUUAUAUAGGUGGGGAUCCCCAAAAUGCUGAGGUAAUCAUCCAGGAUGAUUCAGAUGAUGAGUUUCCCGAGCCUGAUGUAAUAUGUGAAGAGGAUGACAUGCAUGAUGAGUGGGAAAACAUCAAAUCUGCUUCAAGUUUACUUAAUGGCUCAGAAGAGAGAACUGAUAAGGAGCCUCAGGAAAAGAAAGAAGCAUUUGUUGCUGUUGAGUGUUUGAAGGCUACUGAAGAGAAUGAUGCUUUGUUAAAUUUAUCUGCCUCUUCUGCUGCAGAAAAAUCUGUGGUUUUAAGGGGCUCUGGUGCACCAUCAUGCUCUUCUAUGAAACCUCCGGAAACCUCCUUACCAUCAGAGAAUAUAACUAGUGAAACCAUUUUUGAAGCUAAACAAAAGUGUUCUGCGGAUGAAAAAGAUCUAAAGUCCCUUUGCUCUCCAGAGGAGUUGGAGAUGGCAUCUCCUUCUGGAACACUUACCAAUAAAAAUAAAUCGAGUAAGUCAAAAUCUGCAACAGUAAGGCGCAAGGUUCCUCCAGAAAAACGUUCUCGUUCUCCACCCUGUGUGAUGAAGUCCACAAGCAAUGUUGUGAAUACCAAAACAACCGCAGAGAUAGACAUCUCAAGCAUGAUGCAAGAUAAAUCCAAAAAAUUAGUAGAAGGCUCCUCAAAUGGCCGAUUUGAAGCUGUGGAAGCAAAACUUAAUGAGUUGCUAGACCUGAAUGGUGGCAUAAGCAAGAGCAAUGAUGCACCGAAGUACUACUUAAAGCUCCUACUUUUGACUGCGGCUUCAGGGGAUAGUGGCAACGGGGAAGCAAUUCAGAGCAACCGAGAGCUCUCUAUGAUCCUUGGUGCACUCUUGAAGACAAAGUCAAGGACAGUUUUGGCUGAUAUUAUCAACAAGAACGGUUUGCAGAUGUUACACAACAUUAUAAAGCGGUUUAGAAGGGAGUUCAAUAAGACACCUAUUCUUCGAAAGCUGCUCAAGGUACUGGAAUAUCUUGCAUUGCGAGAGAUCCUUACCAUUGACCACAUUAAUUGGGUCCCCUCUCGGCCUGGAGUAGAGAGCUUUAGAGAAUCGAUCUUAGCAUUGACAGAUCACAUAGACAAACAGGUUCAUAAAAUUGCAAGAAACUUUAGAGAUAGGUGGAUACCCAAGCCACUACACAGAAAAAACAGCCGCAUGGAUAAUAGUAGGCUUGAAUCCACUACUAGAGAAUCUUCAGAAGCAGCAGCAGCUUGUAGUACCCCUCAUUUAGUGCCUAUUGGGGCAAAGACCCGUAAACGUAAAAGCCGUUGGGAUGAAGGACCAGUUAGGGGGGAAAAUGGGCAUGACCCCCUACCGGAGACUGAAUUUCCUCCUGGAUUUUCACCCGCUGUUGAACACUGCACUCCAAAGCAACCGGUUAUGGGACACUGUCAACAACGGUUUGUUUCGCGCAUCGUGGUCUCAUAUGGGAUUCCAUUCAACUUGGUACAGAAGAUUGGGGUACCUGUAAAUGAGAGCUUUGGGAGUUGGGUGGUCGCUCCAGCUGUGCCCUUCCACCCUUUCCCCCCAUUGCCUACAUAUGCCCGCGGGAGCUCCUGAUUGUCAAAGAUUGUUCGGUUCUCCUAUGACUCGGGGUGGCAGCAAAAGGGGAAAACAUUCAAAAAAAAUAAAAUAAAGAGUGGGAUGUACAAAGUGUUACCAUGGUUAGCCAUUCCCCGACUUGAAGGUUCACAUGUUCAAUAGGAAUCCAAUCAUUGAUUGGUAAAGGAAAUGUUUGGUGCAUCCAAUUAAAUCAAAAAGUCAGCAGCUUCAUUGCUCUACAGAAAGCUUUUUGGGGCCUUUGAUUUUUAUGAGGGGCUUUGUACUAGGUAAUUUUUUCUUCGAAAAAAAAAGAGAGAGAAGAUAAGUGCAUUUGUUAUUCGUUUUUAUAUAUUCCAUUCAUUUGGUACGCACAAGGCGCCAAUGUACACUUACAACAAUGUUAGUGUUGAUUUUGACAGUGAUACCGGUAGUGAUUAUUGUUUAUUA